AGACAAACUAAUAAGACAGUUGUUAUAAAAUGUAUAUGCCAGGUUCUCAUUUCUUGAACAUCUUCACUUCAUUCUUCUGUAACUAUGGAGAGCAAUAACAAUCCAUGGUUCGCACUUUCUAUUCUCUAUUUAUAUUUAUGUCUCAUGUCAUGUCUCUCCCAUGGAGCUGACAGAAUUUCUGCACAUCAAUCUCUCUCCGGAAUUCAAACUAUUGUCUCCGCGAGUGGGAUCUUCGAACUGGGUUUUUUCAGGCCUGGUAACCCUCAAAAGUACUAUAUAGGGAUAUGGUACAGUGUGUCUAAAGAAACCAUAGUUUGGGUGGCAAAUAGAGAGAACCCAGUAACUGAUAUGAAUGCUUCAGAGUUAAGAAUAUCAGAUGGUAAUUUAGUUCUCUUCAAUGAGUUUAAGAUUCCUGUCUGGUCAACAAACUUGAGCUCCUCUACCUCAAGUUCUUCUAUAGAAGCUGUGCUUCGCGAUGAAGGAAAUCUUGUUUUGACAGAUGGAUAUAAUUUGUUAGAAUCAUUAUGGCAGAGUUUUGAUCAUCUGACUGAUACACUUCUCCCUGGUGCCAAGCUUGGAUUGAACAAAAUUACUGGAGAGAGAGCAUAUCUCAAUUCAUGGAAAAACAGAGAAGAUCCUGCACCAGGCUCCUUCUCUUUCAUUCUAGACCCGAAUGGAACAAGUCAAUAUGUUAUCCUGAACAAUUCUAAGAGAUAUUGGUCUACUGGACCCUGGAAUGGAGAAAUGUUCAUCUUUGCACCUGAAAUGAGAAUAAAUUAUGUCUUCGACGUAAGUUAUGUUGAUGAUGAUAAUAAAAGCUAUAUUUCCUUUUCUGUGUACAAUAGUCCUAUCAUGGCACGAAUGAUGAUGGAUGUUGGAGGGCAACUUCAGCUACAGUCAUGGAUAGAACCUGCCAAGAAUUGGAGUAAGUUUUGGUUUAAACCAAAACUGCAAUGUGAAGCUUAUGGCUAUUGUGGGGCGUUUGGGGUCUGCACAGAGACACCCAAGAGUUUAUGUAAUUGUUUGGCAGGUUUUGAGCCCAGGUUUGCACACGAAUGGAAUUUGGAGAAUUAUUCUAAUGGGUGCCUAAGGAAAACAAGUCUGCAAUGUGGGAAUUCUAGCUCUGCUAAUGGGAACAGUAACACAUUCUUGGAGAAUCAUUACCAGGUAGUGCCUGAUGUUCCCAAGACUGUGCCAGUUGAAAGCGCCCAACGUUGUGAAUCAAUUUGCUCAGAGAAUUGCUCUUGCACUGCUUAUGCUUAUGACAAUAAUGCGUGUUCAAUUUGGUUUGGAGAUCUCCUGAAUCUGCAAAUUCCAGUUAUUAAAAAUGGCGGGCAUACUAUGAACAUCAGGCUUGCUUCUCCAGAUUUCUCAAAAUCUUACAAAAAUAAGGGAAAACUCAUUGGUUAUGUAGCAGGGUCAGGGAUGGCAUUGGUGGUCCUUGUCAUUGUUCUGUUCGUAAUUUUCAGAAGAAACAAAGCAAAUAAAAUAAGCAAUGCAGAAGGCUUAUUGGUCGUUUUCAGCUACAAAGAUUUACAAAAUGCAACAAAGAACUUCUCAGAGAAAUUGGGAAAAGGAAGUUUUGGUUCUGUUUUCAAAGGGAAGUUGCACGACUCAAGUGUUGUAGCAAUUAAGAAGCUUGAAAGCAUUAGCCAAGGAGACAAGCAAUUUCGCAUGGAAAUCAGCACAACUGGAACAAUUCAACAUGCCAAUCUUGUACGCCUACGGGGGUUCUGCUCAGAAGGCACUAAAAAGCUGUUGGUCUAUGAUUACAUGCCAAAUGGUUCUCUCGACUCCUUUCUUUUCCAGGGAAAUAAAUUGAUCGUUUUAGACUGGAAAACAAGAUACAACAUAGCAUUGGGAACAGCUAAAGGCUUGGCUUAUCUCCAUGAGAAAUGCAAGGACUGCAUUAUCCACUGCGACAUAAAGCCAGAAAACAUCCUGUUAGAUGGUGAAUUCUGUCCAAAAGUGACAGAUUUUGGCCUGGCGAAGCUUUUUACACGGGAUUUUAGUAGGGCCUUAACUACAAUGAGAGGGACAAUAGGUUACCUUGCACCAGAGUGGAUUUCAGGGGAAGCCAUAACAGCCAAGGCCGACGUUUAUAGUUACGGGACGAUGCUUUUUGAAUUAGUGUCAGGAAGAAGAAAUACUGAGAAAUCUUAUGAUACAAAAACGGAAUACUUCCCACUUCGAGUGGCUAAUUUAAUAAACAAAGAUGGUGAUGUUCUUAGUCUUUUAGACCCUAGAUUGGAGGGAAACAGUAUUGUAGAAGAGCUGACAAGGGUCUGUAAAGUUGCUUGUUGGUGCAUUCAAGAAAACGAAAUUCAAAGGCCGUCAAUGAGUCGGGUUGUUUAUUUUCUUGAGGGGGUUUUGGACAUGGACUUGCCACCCAUUCCAAGAUUGCUCCAAGAUCUUUCCUGGAACUCUGGAGUGGUUAGUUCCUGAUCAGGUAGUGCAGUUAUUUCAACCGCCCAGUUCCUGUAUAAAUAAGAAAAAAGGUGCUUUCUAGGUGACUUUGUUUAUAACAAAGUAACCUUACUUUGAUUCUUAAUUAACCAAAAUUUUAUCCUUUAAAUUUUAAAGAUGAUUGGCAACCUAUUUAA